AGCGAACGCAAAGGCACGGACCUACCAUAACUCUCACUUUUAACAUCAGACUCUGCUAGCUAGGAGAACUGAGAGAGCGGUGAAAUGGAUUCCGGUUUAGGAAUACAGAAUAAUGAAAUUGUGAAAUAAGACACAGAAACGAUACCAGACGAGCCCCGCACCGUAAAAAUGGGUCGUUUUUAUUGCCUCUCGGUGCCAUUUUAAUGGAGGCAUAGGGAAAAAGAGUCAGAUUUUCGCAGGAAUACACGACCCAUAAAUCCCGUUACGUUCAGCUGGUGCUUGGGAAAGAAAUAAUAUCUGCGUUUUAUUUCAGUUGUCCUCGUAUUUGUUAUUGUGAAAGUGUAUUACAAUCCUUCCGUAUGGAGCGACUGGACGGACAAACUGAAAACCAGACAGACUGACAAGAUUGGCUUCGUUUAUUGACAGAAAACCCGCUUUGACAACAAGGACCAAAAGCAACUGCGAUACGAUGUUGCUGGCGUCCGCCGUGGUCGUGUGGGAAUGGCUGAACGAGCAUGGGCGCUGGAGGCCCUACAGCUCGGUCGUGUCGCACCACAUCGAAGUGGUGAUUCGAAGUGACCCGCGCGGCGGCAGCGUCGUCUUGGGCCAAGUCGACAGCCGCCUCUCGCCUUACAUCAUUGACCUGCACUCCAUGCAUCAGUUCAGGCAAGACACCGGGACCCUCCGGCCGGUGCGGCGGAGCUUCUACGACCCGACCUCGGCCCCGGGGCAGGGCUGGCUGUGGGAGUGGGAGAACGACGCGGGCUCCUGGACGGCCUACGACAUGGAGGUGGGCGUGGCCAUCCAGGCGGCGCGGGACCGGCAGCAGCCCUGGGUGGACCUGUCGCCGCUGGGCUUCCGCUACCUCAUCGACUUCCAGAGCAUGACGCAGGUCAACGGGCAGACGCAGCGGCGGCGGCGGGUGCAGCGCCGCUCGGACCUGGCCUACCCGCUGGUGUCCGGGGCCCUGCCCAGGUCCCACGCCUGGGGGGCGGCGGCGGCGGCGGCGGCGGCAGGCGGGGGCUCCACGGGCGGGCUGCUGGGGGUGGGCGUGUCCGGGACGAGCUCCGGCGGAAUGGGCGGGGCGCUGUACCCCGGCGGCGCCCUCUCCGCGUCGUCCCUGACCCCGCCCCUGCAGGCCUGUGCCUGCCCGCAGUGCAUGCUGGUCCUGAGCGUGAAGACCGGCGCCAUGGCCCACACGCUGGGCCGCAGGCCCCCCCAGGCCAAACCGCCCAGCCCCAAGCCCGCCCGGGCGCCCCGCUCGGCCUCCAGCCCGCCGAACUCCUACUCCCACACCCUCCCCCACCCCCCCUCCCUCUCCAGGUCCCACUCGCUCCGCAAGAACCGGCCCAGUUUCACCCACUCGCUCUCCCUCCUGGGCCCGGCGGCCGCCGCCCUCUCCCUGUCCUCCACGCGGCCCCCUCCCCCGCCGCUGCCCUCCGUCCCGCCCCCCCCGCCGCCGCCGCCCGCCUCCUCCGCGCUCAGCUCCAGCUUCUCCUCCAUCAGCACCACCACCAGCUCCGCCCCGCUGGUGCCCACCGCCACGCUCAUCACCACGGCGACCUCCUCGCCCACCGCCCCGGCCCCUCGCUCCACCGCCUCCGCCUCGUCGGCCGGUUGCGCCGCCCCCAUCCCGCCGCGCGCCAGCCUGGCGGGUCUCAGCCGGCCCGCCCUCCACCGCAUCGCCAUGGCGCAGUCGCGGGCACUCAUCGCCUCCGGGGUUCCCACUGUACCGGUGAAGAACCUUAACGGCUCCAGCCCUGUCCAUCCAGCGUUGGCAGGUAUCACCGGAAUUCUGAUGAGUGCUGCGGCUCUGCCUGUGUGCCUGACCCGCCCCCCCAAGCUGGUCCUGCACCCGCCCCCCGUCAGCAAGAGCGACAUCAAGCCCAUCCCCGGGCUGAGCCACUGCUGCCGCAAGACCAGCAAGAAGCAGGCCCGCAAAGGUAAAACUCCAGAGGAGGUGGUGAAGAAGUACCUGCAGAAAGUUCGGAACCCCCCCGAGGAGGACUGUACUAUCUGCAUGGAGCCACUAGGGGGCCCGUCUGGGUAUAAGGGUCCCGGGGUGGGCAGCGUUUCUCGCGUGGAGUCGGUGGGCCGCUUGUCCAUGUGCGGGCACCAGUACCACCUGCAGUGCCUGGUCGCCAUGUACAACAACGGCAACAAGGAUGGCAGCCUGCAGUGCCCCACCUGCAAGACCAUCUACGGCGUCAAGACUGGCAACCAGCCCCCUGGCAAGAUGGAGUACCACGUCAUCCCCCACUCCCUCCCCGGGCACCCUGACUGUAAAACCAUCCGCAUCAUUUACAACAUCCCACCUGGCAUCCAGGGCCCUGAGCACCCCAACCCUGGCAAGCCCUUCACAGCCAGAGGCUUUCCUCGCCACUGCUAUCUCCCAGACAGUGAGAAGGGACGCAAGGUGCUGCGGCUGCUCCUGGUGGCCUGGGACCGGCGGCUGGUCUUCUCAGUCGGGACGUCCAGCACCACGGGCGAGUCGGACACGGUCAUCUGGAACGAGGUCCACCACAAGACCGAGUUCGGCUCCAACCUGACGGGACACGGUUACCCCGACCCCGGUCACCUUGACAACGUGCUGGAGGAGCUUCGGAUCCAGGGGAUCACGGAGGACGAGAGCCUGCAGCAUGACUGAGGGGCCGGAGGGGAGGGGGGGGUGGGG